AGCCCCAUAAAUCGUUGCGCGUAUACUCUUUCGCUCUCAGAGUGCAGGCGUAGAUAUCCGCAGCCAAGGUAAACGGAAGCAUGGCGACUUCACCGGUGGAGCACGUUCAAUGUUUCGGGCGUAAGAAGACGGCGGUGGCCGUGACCCACUGCAAGCGCGGCCGUGGACUCAUCAAGAUCAACGGAACACCGAUCGAGCUGAUCCAGCCUGAGAUCCUCCGUUACAAGGCCUGUGAGCCUAUCCUCCUAUUGGGCCGCCACCGCUUCGCCGGCGUGGACAUGCGCAUCCGUGUCAAUGGAGGAGGUCACACAGCUCAAAUCUACGCCAUUCGUCAAUCCAUCGCCAAGGCCCUCGUAGCCUUUUACCAGAAGUAUGUCGACGAGCAAUCGAAGAAAGAGAUCAAGGACAUCCUCGUUCGCUAUGACAGGACAUUGCUUGUUGCGGAUCCAAGGCGCUGCGAGCCCAAGAAGUUUGGUGGACGUGGUGCUCGUUCCAGGUUCCAGAAAUCCUACCGUUGAUCGGCAGUUUGGAAGUCUAAUACAAAGUGUUUGUGCUAUCUCGUUUAGUAAGCCGUCCGUUCAAGUUUUGGUUUAUCUGCUCUAAUGAACUUUUGAUUAUUAUUUCAGCUUUUGUGGAACUCAGUCUGAACUUUUAUAUAAUGCUUAUUGUGUUUGUCAUUUACUUUCCGUUUAAAUGUGUUUAAUACUGAAAGAUUUCCAUUUGUGGUGAAGGCUGUUGUUGAAAUGCUGCAACUUGCAAGUAAUCAGUGAUGAUGCAUCUGUGUUUUCAGUAUCUGUUAUCUGCAUUAGCUGAUUCUAUUUGUAAUUCAAAUUUGUAGCUUUUUUAGCAUAAUCCAUCAAAAUACCUAGGAUAUGUGUGGGCAUUUAUUUGGCUCAAUAGCUGAGAUUGACCGAUGAAUGUUUCUUCUUCUUUCAUUUGAGUAUGAUAACUUCUUCCAAACAGGCUACCGUGUUUGAUAUGUAUGAGAAUCUGAUACCUUAUUAUGGACACAUUAAAAUGGAUUUGAUGCUAGCCUUACUCAACAAAUGUUAUUAAAAAGUGUUAUGCGAUGUUCUACUGGAUUGUGUUAUUUGAAUGGGCA